AUGGCCCUGGUGAAGAGUGGCUGGCUGUGGAGACAAACCUCAAUUCUUCGGAGAUGGAAGAAGAACUGGUUUGAUUUGUGGCUGGAUGGUAUCCUUGUAUAUUAUGAAGAUGAAAAUCGUCGUCAGCUGGAAGACAGUAUCCAUCUAAAAAUAAACUGCAUAAAUAUAAAGGCAGGGUAUGAAUGCAUAGAGGGCUUGCCACCAGAACAAAGCAGUAGAGAAUGUAUGCUGAUGAUUUACCUAAGGGAUGGUUCAAAACUGGCACUUAGUGCAGACAGUGCUGAUGAUGCAUUGGCAUGGAAACUGGCAUUCCUGGAAACUAAAUGCCACCUGGUAACACAGUAUGAUCCUGAUGACCAUUACCAGGCUGUUACCCCAAAUGCUUUUAACACCAUCUACAUCAACCCAAGGAACUGUGGCCACCCAUAUUUAGGGCCGGGAGCGAGCCACGUUUGGGUCCAUCAGAAUCCAUGUUGCAGCACAGGUGGACAAAUUGCACUGGGGAUGCUUGCUGGGGCUGUCACAGGCACUGUGCUGAGGUCACUGAUGUGGUCCCCAUGUUGGCUCUAA